AUGCGCGCGCGGCCGCUGGGUGCGGCGGAGCCGCUGGCGCUCGGCUCGCUGCUCGGCCGGGUGCUGCUCGUGUCCAACGUGGCGACGCUCUGAGGCACCACGGCCCGCGACUUCACGCAGUUCAACGAGCUGCAGCGGCGCUACGGCCCCCGCGGGCUCGUGGUGCUCGGCUUCCCCUGCAACCAGUUCGGGCACCAGGAGAAUGCCACAAACGAGGAGAUCCUCCGCUCACUGGAGCACGUCCGCCCCGGCAACGGCUACAAGCCCAACUUCACGCUGUUUGAGAAGUGCGACGUGAACGGCAAGGACGCCCACCCGCUCUUCACCUUCCUCAAGGAGGCGCUGCCCUUCCCGCACGAUGACCCCACCUCGCUGAUGACCAACCCACAGUACAUCAUCUGGUCACCCGUGUGCAGGAACGACAUCUCCUGGAACUUCGAGAAGUUCCUCAUCGGCCCCGAUGGCGUCCCCUUCAAGCGCUACAGCAGGCAUUUCGAAACCAUCAAGAUCCAGGAUGACAUCGAGUUCCUCCUUCAGAAGGUCCCCAAGGAAGCCCUUGGUUAGGCCAACACUUUGGCAAGCCCUCCAAGGCUUUUCCGCCGCACCACCCCACUGGCCCACGGCUGAACGCGCAAGAGGAAUCGCUGCUUCCCGCUUGGUUUUCCAGGCUUGCGUCUGCUUUYUGAAGGGAGGGGAAAGGUGCUCGAUCUGGUGGUAGAAUUCCAACAUCCUUGCAAGUUUUGUUUGUGAGGGUGUGCCUUCCAAAUCUUAGAAGUGCACCUGAUGUUUUAAAAGUUGCAUGUGAAUGUUUGGAAGCUACUUCAGGGAAAGCAUCUCUGAGUCUCCGAAUAAUAAUAAUAAAAACCUUGUGUGCUUUC